UAUCGCAGAAGAAGCUUGACUUCUCUCAGACUGGAGGACAGCUGCAGGAGGAUGGGCACGGGCGAGUUUGCGUGUGUGACGCUGCGUGGCGGCGCGCCCUGGGGAUUCAGACUCAGCCAGAGCACUCAAGACCCUCAACAUCCAAUCCAGCUGCUUGAGAUAGAGGAUGGUAGUCCCGCUGCCGUGGCUGGAUUGUGUGAGAAUGAUGAGCUGGUGUCGGUGAAUGGAAAGCCUUGCUCUAACCUCAGUCUCUCAGAUGCUAUUGAUCUCAUUGAGGCCUCAGCUGACUGUCUACAGCUGCUUGUCAAAAGAUGCUGUAGUCAGCCACAAGAGAGCUUUAAAAUGGUUAGUACCACUUUUCGGAUCCCUUCUCCAUCCAGGCCUCACGAGCUACAGGAACUAUACACCUCUGAGUCCCAGGAUGAAGCAUAUUAUGGGGAGACAGACAGCGAUGGAGAGUGUCCACAGAGGACUCGAUUGGUUCGGACCCAAGUUCAAAUACCUGCUUCUAGAAAUAAAAGUAGAGGCACCAAUGCCCAGGGUGGUGGAGACACCAGUGUAGAUGUAACCCCAGGAUCUGUGGUUGAAUUGCAGCUCUCGUUCUCCAAGACCACCCUGGAGGAGCCAGACUGUACUGGAUUAGGCAGUGCUUGUGGAGUUGUGGGAGACAUCCAUCAGAGAAAGACGGAUGACAGCGUCAGUUAUACAACCACUGCUUUUACUCCAGCUAACCCCCUCUACAUACCCCGACGAGACCGGCAACCCCUUGGUCAGCGAGGUGUGUUGGUUAGCAAACCCACUGCUUUGCCAGGACAAGUGGAGGUGACAGUGCAGGAGUCAUCUAGAAGCAGUUCAGAAAAGGAGGGGUUAGAGGCCAGUCAACGGUUGGAUUCUGGUGGGGAAGAAGGAGGGUACAUUGAAGAAGCUCCCACCUCCUUAUCUGUGUCCUUUGGACUUCCCUCAGAGGAGUGUGACUCUGAAUCGGAGAGGGAGGUCAACGAGCCCAACAAGCACCGGGCAAGGCACGCCAGGCUCCGGCGCAGUGAGAGCCUUUCAGAGAAGCAGGUGAAAGAGGCCAAGUCCAAAUGCAAGCGCAUUGCUCUCCUGUUGUCGGCUCCUGCCCCCAACCCUAAUAACAAAGGGGUGUUGAUGUUUAAGAAGCAUAGACAGAGGGCCAAGAAGUAUACGCUUGUAAGCUACGGUACUGGUGAGGACGAACCAGAUUAUAAGGACGACGAAGACGACACUGUUGAGUUCACUGUUUUAGGCACAAGUGAAACAGAAAUUGACGAGGAUUUCUUUACCAAUGUCUCAGGUCAGAAAAGCAUUGUAAGCUUUGAUUGGGAUACUGGAUUACUUGAGAUAGAGCGCAAGCUUGACAGCCAGCAGGGUAUGGAUGCGCUACCUGAGACCAAGGGGAAAGGAGUCCUCAUGUUUGCCCAGCGCAAACAGCGCAUGGAUGAGAUAGUAGAAGAACAUGAAGAGAUGAGACGUAAGGGGAUCCCUGUUGAAGCAGUGCAGGAGCCUGAGACACAUCAAACAUACCAACACAUGGAGGAGCAGACUUAUAUGCAUGCACAAGAGAACCAGAGUUACAUGGAUGUAAAUCUACACCACAGCUUAUCGGCACAAAAGCAGCAACAGCAACAACAAUAUCAUCAGUACCAAGAACAGUACUAUCAACAACAGCAGCAACAGCAACAGCAGCAGCAGCAGCAGCAGUAUCAAGAAUACCAGAAGCAGCUACAAUACCAGCACCAGCAACAACAGUACCAACCACAGCAAGACUACCAGCAACAAAAAAUGUACCAACACAUGCAAUCAUACAAUCAGCAACAACACUGCCAACAACAGCAAGUACAACAGUAUUCACAUCAUAUGAAUGGCAUGUUCGAUCAGCAGAUGCAAAAUGAAACGCAGCCUUUAGUCACAAACAGGAUUGCCAAACCAUUUUCAGUUCAGAAUAGAGUGGCUGCUCCAUUUUCCUCCUCAUCAAGUGCAGACAAUCAAGAACAGCCUGGAUAUUCACUGGGACAAGGUGAACAGAUUGCUUCCCGUGAUGAGCGUAUAUCUGUGCCUGCUAUCAAGACUGGUAUCUUGCAAGAUACAAGGAGGAGGAGUGCCAAUAAGCCUAUGUUCACUUUCAAGGAGUCUCCCAAGGUUUCACCUAAUCCUGCUCUGUUGAAUCUCCUUAACAGGAAUGACAAGAAGGCAGGUUUAGAGUUUUGUCCAGAAGAAGAUUAUUUAAGCUUAGGAGCUGAAGCCUGCAACUUUCUUCAGUCUUCUAAAACGAAACACAAAAUUCCACCACCAGUAGCUCCUAAACCUCACAUUAACCCUGCUUCUCCCCCAUGGUCUAUUCAACAAGAAACUACUGACCAACCCAUCCCACAGCAAACCGAAAACAGUGUCCCAGCAGAAGAUCCAGUCACAGAGGCUGAUACUGCGUUUGCCCCUGCCCCUGAAAUGGGGGCCCCAAUGUUGUCUGAAGAAAAGCCUACAUUUGCCCCUGAAUCCCAUGAUGUUCCACACUGUCCUGAACAGCUUCCUCCAGAUAAUGCCUGGAAACAACAAGAAUCCCAAAUGGAGCUGAACCAGCAACCAGAAACCUGGAAUGAGAAACAACCCCAGCCACAAAUCAAUUCUGCUCCUGUCGCACCACCUGUUACACAGUCAGAUCCAUCUGUCAGAUCAUGGGAUCCAGCUCCAAACCAAAGUCAUCAGCAGAUUCCAGUAAGUACUUGGGGUCCAAAUGAGGUUCAAUUGCAAGUCCCAUCUCAAAACCAGUCUCAAACACAGCCACAGUGGAUGACACAGUCUCAAGGUCCUCUAGAAGUACAAGUGCCUUCUAAAACACAAUCCCAGCCUUCUUGGGUAACACAGCCUCAAACUUCAUCCCCAACCAAACAUCAACCACAGCCUCAGCCCCAAAUCCAUACUUGGGCACCAAGUUCAAAUCAGUCAACCCCACAAGCUCCAUGGUCUCAGCCGCAUGAGCUGGCACAACCAUCUAUCAAUGUUUGGCAACAAGAUCAAAAUCAAGCUCAGGAACAUCCAGCAUGGUCCCAACAACAACAGUUGACGCCACAUUGGGCAUCAUCCAAUCAGCAACAGCCACAGCCUUCUUGGACUCAACCUCAGAGGCAGUCACAGCCCCAACCACCUCGGGUCUCUCAGGCCAAACAGCAAGAACCAACACAGCCAUCUGCAAAUGCAUGGACUCAGCCACAAAGUCCAGUUCAAGCACAGCCUCCAUGGGCUCAGCAGACUCAAUCUCCACCUCAGCCCACAGCACCAGUGCAGCAACCCAUGAAUCCUUGGCCACCGAUGCCAGCACAGUCCCCCCCACAUCCACAGUGGGGACAAGACCCUGCUUCUCAACAAGCAAUGAACUCUUGGUCACCUGCACAGAAUCAAAUUCAGCCUCCCUGGACUCAGCCACUCCCACCAACUCAGCCUCAGGCUCAUCCUCCAUGGGUGCCGAAACCUCAACAGCCAGCAUCCCAGCUACCUGUGAGCCAGUGGGCACCACCACAAUCUCAGUCUCAACCGGUUGUAAAUGCUUGGGCACCCCAACACCAACAGAGUUCAGUUAGCAGCAUUGCCCAAAAUGAAUCCCAGAAAUUGCCUCCCCAACCAAUCAAGCCAUGGAGUCCAACUCAGACUUCUCAGCCCACUCCUCCACGACGAAUGAAUUCAUAUACCACUGGGACAAAGGCACCAUCUCCUGUUCCAACACGAAGUACUAUGUCCCCCUCUGGUUUUGGGUCAGCAUUUGAGAUGCCAGCCUUGAAAGGGAAAGGAGCUGAACUGUUCGCCAAGAGGCAAUCCAGAAUGGAGAAGUACAUUGUGGACUCUACCACAGUGCAAAAUAAGGCACUUAGGAGCUCAUCCUUGUCACCACCGGUGACUCUUUCAGCAGUGGGUCUUAACCCCAGGUCGGUUUCAUCUUCUCCUUCACCCAGACCUUCAUUCCAGACUGUUUCCAUUCGGCCACCAGUGGGACAGACCGCCCGGAUAGACAGGGGUCACAAGCCGCCCACCCCCUGGGAAGCAGCCUCACGCCACCCACUGGGCCUUGUGGAUGAAGCCUUUACAUUUCUGGACAUUCAGCAGUCCAUUGCCUCCAACCUGCACUAUGCAGCUAAGAGUAAGCUCUUACCAGAGCCUCCGGCUGAGUGGAAGGCAAAGGUCGCAUAUGAACCUCCGCCAAAAAACCAAAAAGACAGUUUAAGUCAAUCACCUAUGACUUUUCACUCCCCAACCAAGAGCACAGCAUCGGCACCAGCUGGUCCCGUCCCCUACAGGUCACCCUUUAGACAACCCCAAAGGUCAAUGACAGAGGCUCAUCUUGGGCCUUCACCGGCCGAUCCGAAUAGACUGAGACUCUAUAAAGCCAAAGAUAGCAGUACUUGGAGACGUUGAAGGAGAGCCAGGAAGCCCUUUAUAUGUAAGUAAAAGUGAAAUCAAAUAGGACAGGAAUGAAUAUUGGUGGAAAGUGAGUAAAGUAAAAUUAUUAUGGCUACUAUUGAACAAGAAAGACAGAGAAGUUGAUAAUGCUCAAUGAGGGUCCAUGAAAGUCAGAAGAUGAUACGAGAAGUUGAGUUUAUGGAGAUUAUUAGUGUUAAGGCUUGCUUUUGAAAUUCACACUUACAAUAAUCACUCAUUUUGAAUAUGCAUCCCCUUGUGAAAAAGAAGUACAUUUAAGCAUAUUUUGGUAACACUUUAUUUUAACCCUUUGGGGUCUGAGAGUGUUUUGGGGUCCUGGAGAAGUUUUGACAUGCCUUGAUAUUUGUACUUUAUUUUUAGUUGUUUAUAAACAUAUUAAUGGCUAAAGUCUGAUUACACUGUAUUCAGCACAAACUGGGCUACAAUAAUAUGUGAGCAGCAUGUAUGGACAUAAUUGUGUUUUUGAGAAAGCAACGUUAGUCACUGAUAUAAGGCCAUUACACCUUACAUAAUAACGAUAAAUUAUGCAUAAUUAAGCUACAUGCAAGUAACCCUAAACCAAACCCUAAUCCUAACCCUAACAAUUUAGUAAGUACAUGUAGCUAAUUAAUAUUUCUGAGUACUUAAAUGUAUAAUUACACUGUAGCAAUGACACCUUAAAGUAAAGUGUAACCCAUAUUUUUUAAAAGAGUACUCAUUAUGGAAAUAAUGUGUAGGGCAAAUAUAUAUAUAUAUGCAAUGUUUUGGACACCUAACUGGAUGCUGAAAUUAAAUUUUAAUUAUUUUUAAUUUUAUUAAAUGCAGCGAAGUAGCACAAUCUUAAAAGUGUACUUAAGUGUGUUAAAAAAAACAGUCAUGAGCAUGCACUCUUUCUAAGUAGACUUAAGUGGACUUUUAUUUCACUAAUUAUGUCUGCAAGUACAAUUUUUUUUUUAAAUAUUACGAUUUAAAGUGCACUUCUUUUUCACAAGGGUCAUGCAUUCGGUUUUAAAGUGUUGCACUAAUGAUUGGGGCAAAGUGAUUGUGCAUGAUACUUGCUAAAGAAAUAAAACAUUAUACAUCUUCAUAGUACAUAAUGUAAAUGCUAGUGUAACACACAGUUCCGUUUGUUUAAUCACAAAUUAACAGCAAAUGUUAAAUUACUGCAUUAAAAUAAUACUAUAAUGGGGAUGUCUCGAUUGUAGUGAUGUAGUGAUUCUAAAGAGAGAAGGACCUAAUUUUGUUUGUGUGCUACAAAGCUAUUAAGCAGAAACUGAUGAAUCAGUAAGAGGCGUACUUGUUACAUAAGCUUCACUUUAAAAGAUUAAAUCAUUCUUUGAUGACCCGGCCUGACCCUUCGCCACACGCCCUGCUGCACCAGAUUCACUUCAACUAAUUCAAUCUCCGUUUUGCUAUUAAUAAAUAAAUAAAUAAGUGUACAUUCCUUACAAGUAUUGUGUCACAAUGCAUGCUCUAAAUCCACUUAAAAAUGAUGUUCAUUUCUACUCUACGAGUUGUUCAUGCUUUUAUUUCUUUAUUCCAUGACUGAACGUUUCUUCAUGAAGGGUCAGCAAGGUAAACUUUGACGUGUUUGAUUUAUAAAAUGUUGAUCAAGAUACCAAAGAUUUGUUGAACUGUCAAGUGCAUCAGAGAGGAUUUCACUAUUCAGUGAACUGUUUGAUUUAUACAUUUUGCAGCUCCACUUCUGUAUGUGGCUGAAAUAAAACCAUGCUUUGCACUUGUAUUAAAAGAACAUGUAAAAAAGUGCA